UGUCUUUGCCUAUGUUUAGCAUUACUAAAUUUGCAUUCUGGAAUUGGGAUUGAAAUUUUUUAAAUUUAACCAUACAACAAAAAUGGAACGAAUGGCUUAUACAUGUUGAGAAAACAAACGGCUGUUGUUGAACUAAUGUUUCAUAAAUGGAACUAAUGUACAUAUAUGAGAAAUUUACAACAUCUUUGCUCCUCCUUCUGUACAUGCGAUCUCCAUCUCCUUGAAACCAUGAGGCGUCUCGUGAUCACGACGCUGACAUGGUUUCUUCUUUUUGCAACACUGAUGAAUGUAGCUGUUGCAAAUGAUGUCGGCAUCAACUGGUCACGAAAUUCGCGCCUGAAGUUGCUUCCAUCCAAUAUUGUUGACAUGAUCUUGUCGAAUGGCAUCAAGAAGGUGAGGCUUCACAGCUUUGUGGGAUCCGUGGCCAGAGCUUUCACAGGCUCUGGUCUGGAAAUGACAACCACAGUGGCUAAUAUUGAUAUGAUCCUGGUAAAUAGUAGCCGGAAGGCUCAAGCUUAUGUAGCUGAAAAUAUGACUAAAGCAUACACCAGGCUCGAUUUAAACGUCAAGACUAUAGUGGUGGGAAAUGAACCAUUCACUAUAGUGGAUAACAUUACUCAAAUGUAUCAAGACGAUGUUGUUAAUGCAAUUGGAUACAUUUCAGAAGCUAUUCCGAAGCAGCCAAGCCCCAUCAACCAAAUCAAAGCAACCAUGGCUCAUGCUCCGGAUAUUCUUUUAUCCACUAUUCAGAAACCCUCUGAUGCCGAUUUCAAUGACAAUGUCAAUGAUCGAAUGGUAAGGAUAUUGCGGGUUUUAAAUGCAUCAGGUGCCCCACUAGCGAUCAACAUGUACCCACAUUUGCAUCUUUUGGAGAAGAAUUUUCCUCUUGACUUUGGAUUCUUUGACAACGACUCACCGUUCACUGUAAAGGAUGGAGCAAACACGUACACUAAUAUAUUUGAUUUUGUAUAUGAUUCAUUCGUGUGGGCGCUAAAGAAAAAUGGGUUUGGCAACAUGAAGAUCAUUGUGACACAGAUUGGUUGGCCUACUGAUGGACACAUCUAUGCGAAUGCGUCGACUGCACAGAGAUUUUACAAGGGAUUUCUCAAGAAAAUGGCCAACGACGAAGGCACUCCGCUUCUCCCUAAGACACGAAUUGAGGCCUACAUUUACAACCUAAAUGACGAGAACAUGAGAGACAUAGCGUUUCGCGGUCCCAGCAUCAGACACUAUGGGAUUUAUGAUUUUAAAGGAACGCCCAAGUUUCAAGUGGAUCUGACAAUGAAGAAUACAACAGGUGGGAAACUUGCACCAGCACAAGGCGUUGUUCCAAUGCCGAAUAGAUGGUGCGUUUAUAAUCCAGAUGCAAAGAUCAAAGAAGCCAACCGCACGGGUGUGCUUCUCGAACAGUUUCAAAUAGCUUGUGAUCAUAGCGAUUGUACGAAAUUGAUGUACGGAGGGUCGUUAAAUAAUUUGACAUUCGAAGGAAAUAUCUCUUACGCGUUCAACGACUUCUUCCAAGCAAAUAACCAGAUGGAGACUGCAUGUGAUUUCAAAGGUCUGGGAAAAAUAACGGUAGACGAUCCCUCCCAGACUUAUGAGUGUCAAUUUCCACUUCAGAUUAUAUCGAUGAUUUACAGCUGGGGACAAGGAGAGAUGGGAAAUAUAUUAGCAGCAAGAGGAGCAAAUGCUGUUGUUUCGAAAACGAGUGCUGCAAGCCUGAUCAAAGUCUCUGGAUUCUCAACUAUUGUAGUACCAUUGCUCUUAUCUGCACUUGUGUUGUAGGACGAGAUUUCAAUCACUUAGCUGCCGGCUUAUUUGUAUUGACAAUCUAACUUUUGUAAACUACUACAAGCAUUGAGUUGUUCGAUCUUUGUUUUUGCUACUUUCUCUACUCUUUUGGUGAUUUUGUCAACAUUUUAACUGGUCUUGUUGACAAUCAACAGCUUUUGUGUUGCACAUGUUUCUAUAGUUAUCAAAUAGUUAUUUAUGUUGUAAGGGAAACAUAUUUUUAUUUCAUCAUUAUAAUAGAAAGAGCUUCCAUUGAUCUACGUUACAC